AGAGGGGUGGGCAGGACCCGACUUCACCCCCCAGGGCCCCGGCCGCCUCCUCCCAGGCCCCAGGGACCCCUGCGGGGAGGGAUCCUGGGGUGCAGCGGCUACGCUGGGCUCGUGGAGAGGCAGUGACUGAAUCUCUGUUUUGCUGCUGCAGGAGAAAUGGCUGCAGAGGAAUCCCAGCUCCUGUUGGGCUCCAGGGAGCCAAGUGAGCAAUGGCUGGUGCCUGCUGAGAGACGCCUGGCGCCUGACACCUACCUAAGGUAAAUUUUUCCAUAACCUUAUGGAGAAAAAGGACUUUGAAGCAUGGCUUGAUAACAUUUCUGUUACAUUUCUUUCUCUGACGGACUUGCAGAAAAAUGAAACUCUGGAUCACCUGAUUAGCUUGAGUGGAGCAGUCCAGCUCAGGCACCUCUCCAAUAACCUAGAGAUUCUCCUUAAGCGGGACUUCCUCAAACUCCUUCCACUGGAACUCAGUUUUUAUUUGUUAAAAUGGCUUGAUCCUCAGACCUUACUCACAUGUUGCCUUGUGUCAAAGCAGUGGAAUAAGGUUAUAAGUGCCUGCACAGAGGUGUGGCAAACUGCUUGUAAGAACUUGGGUUGGCAGAUAGAUGAUUCUGUUCAGGACCCUCUGCAUUGGAAGAAGGUUUACUUGAAGGCUAUUUUAAGAAUGAAGCAACUGAAAGACCAUGAAGCCUUUGAGACAUCCUCAUUAAUUGGACACAGUGCCAGAGUAUAUGCACUUUACUAUAAAGAUGGACUUCUUUGUACAGGUUCAGAUGACUUGUCUGCAAAGCUGUGGGAUGUAAGCACAGGGCAGUGCAUAUAUGGUAUCCAGACACACACUUGUGCUACAGUGAAGUUUGAUGAGCAAAAGCUUGUAACGGGAUCCUUUGAUAACACAGUAGCCUGUUGGGAAUGGAGCUCAGGGGCCAAGAUCCAACAUUUCAGAGGGCAUACAGGUGCAGUUUUUAGUGUGGACUACAAUGAUGAACUUGAUGUUCUGGUCAGCGGUUCUGCAGACUUCACUUUGAAAGUAUGGGCCUUAUCAACAGGAAUGUGCCUGAAUACACUUACUGGACACACUGAAUGGGUCACAAAGGUGGUUUUGCAGAAGUGUAAAGUCAAAUCUCUCAUGCAUAGUCCUGGGGAUUAUAUUCUUUUAAGUGCAGAUAAGUAUGAAAUCAAGAUUUGGCCUAUUGGAAGAGAAAUAAACUGCAAAUGCUUAAAAACCCUGUCCGUAUCGGAAGAUCGCAGUAUCUCACUGCAGCCCAGACUGCACUUCGAUGGUAAAUACAUAGUGUGCAGUUCAGCUCUAGGAUUGUACCAGUGGGACUUCGCCAGCUAUGAUAUUCUCAGGGUCAUCAAGCCUCCUGAUUUUGCAAACUUGUCCUUGCUGGGCUUUGGAGAUGUAUUUGCCCUAUUAUUUGAUAACAAAUAUCUGUAUAUAAUGGACUUGAGGACAGAAAAAUUGAUUAGCCGGUGGCCCCUGCCAGAAUAUAGAAAGUCAAAGAGAGGUUCGAGUUUUUUGGCUGGUGAAAUGUCUUGGCUAAAUGGACUAGAUGGCCAAAAUGACAUGGGCCUGGUUUUUGCCACCAGUAUGCCAGACCACAGUAUUCAUUUGGUAUUGUGGAAAGAACAUGGCUGAAGAUGUGGCCGGAUAUUCAUGAGUCUGGGGCUGGAAGCAGUGUGUCCAUGAAAGAAGACUUUGCAUGAACCAAAGUUGCACACCUAAUGGUAUCAUCAUGCAAUGCACAAUCAUUUAUUUUUUGUUUUCUAGGGCAUUUGGGAGAGAUGGGCUUGUUUUGACAUAAUACAACAUAGCAUGCUAACAAUAUUUGCCAAUGAAUUUAAUCUGUACUCGGAUUUAAGCACACAUUUGAGUUUUCUUGACAAAGUAUAGAUUAUAAAAGUUUAAAUCACUCAGAUCUAUCAUUUAAGUCUAAAAUGAAAUGGUGUUUGAUCUGAAAGACUUCUAUAUCUUUUGCUGAAAAAGAAGGUGAAGCUACUAUCUUGUUAUGAUAGGCUUUUAUACAUGUAACAUCAAGUGCUAAUCACAGUGCUAAAACCACACCAGUACGUAGAAUAUUCAGUGCACAACUGCGUGGUUUCCUCAAUUAUCAGCCUGUUCAGGAACUUGGUUUCUCCUUAUUGUAGUUUUAAACUCUUAGCAACCUGAAGUCAAGGAAGCAGUUACGUCCUUUUGCCACUAUCAGAAUAUUUCUUGAUGACAACAAUAGCUUGUUUCCUUUUAAGUAGGGUGCUGUGUUAAUGUGAUAUUCCCUUCCCUUGGCCAGACUGGGGCAAAUUCUUAGACAUAAGCAG